AUAACGUUCGGCGAGCCGAGUUCGAUAUUACGUUUAGCUCUUGCGGUCUGUAUUUUUAAAAAAAGAAUUUCGGAAUUCGGCGUACGUUAGAUUGGGUUUCAUGCUUCCGGUACUUUUCUCCGAACUCGGAAAAGAGCGCAUGACAUUUUUUUGUAAUGACACUUGAAAUAGCGCAGAUUGUAAAUUGAUACGGGAAGUGGUUUUCGCGAAGUUUAAUGAGUUAUAAAACCCAAGCUUGGAUUUGAUUUACGAUCGCAAUUAUGCAAUAGUGCACUUUUCGAACGCGGGAUGUAAAAAAGUCAAUUAUUAACAGUAAUGCAGAUUCGAAGUCUUCCUGUUUAGAUAAAUGCAAGAUAAUGAAACGUAUUUAAAAAGGCAACUUUUUGCACUAGUUAUUAGUUAGUUUUUCUGGUGGCAAAAUGAGGCAACUCUUAUUUAAUAUUUUACUUCUUUGCGUCUUGAAUGCAGUAUGGGGACAACCUCGAAUAAGAAACGGCCAAAAUGCAAAACUGGGCCAAUUUCCUUAUCAAGCAAUGCUGUUAUUAAACAAUCAUAACCUAUGCGGUGGAUCGAUCAUUCAUAAACGUUGGAUUCUCACAGCAGCUCACUGCAUAAAGAAGACUCCGAAUGUCGACCAAUAUAAGAUUGCCAUCGGUGGCGUUAAAAGUAAUACAAAAGAUAGUACUAAAUAUACAGUAGAAGCCAUCGUAAAACAUGAAGAAUUUAGUGACAGCUUCUACGAUGGCCUUUAUGACAUUGCACUUAUACGACUGAAAAGUGACAUUCGAUUCAAUAAAUAUGUGAGCCCAAUAAAGCUGCCCACUAAUAAUUCAAAUCAGUAUGAGAAUGAUUUAGCCGUUUUGUCAGGAUGGGGUUUGACGCGGAACACACCGGACAGACAAUAUGUACCAAAAGUCCUGCAAUACGUUUUCAUGCGAAUAGUCGAAAAGAGAUAUUGCGAAAUGUCGUAUAAUUAUGGUAUAAGAGAGAGUCACAUUUGUACUUCGAUUGAUGGCGGAAAAUCGGCAUGCAGUGGCGAUUCGGGUGGACCGCUCGUUGUCGGCGACACCCAAGUUGGCAUAGUUGCAUUUGCAGAUGACUAUUGCGCAAGAUCCCGACCGGUUGUAUACUCCAGGGUUUCCUUCUAUAUCUCCUGGAUCAAGCGACAGAUGACAGUAUACAAGGAUUCACUGCCGUAUUAAAGGAACUAUAAAUUAUUUUUAUUAUAUCAAUAAAUUAAUUGUAAGAUUAAGAAUAUUUUGCGGCUUAGAACGCAGUUCAACUAUAGUAAUAAAAGUUUCAUAAUUAUAAAGCGUA